CCUCCUCCCUCCCUGCCUCCCUCUACCCGUCCUUACAUCCGCGAUGUCGAGAGUGCGACUCGAGAGAUCGGCUCGCCGUGUUGUGUUUGUCUACACUAUAAGCACACCCUACCUUUACCCACCCAUCUACGCCCGGCCUCGGCGGUCCCCCCCCGGCGGUGGCAUCAUUCUCAACUCCCGAGCUGGCCAGCUCAUCACGGGGCAGCAAAGCGCGUGCGUAGACUAUAAUCUAAUAACCUGCUAACGUCGGCAGCGGGCAGGUUUCCUUGCUCAGCUACAUGUGUAUAUGCAGUUCCACCAGGCAUGUGUGUUGGUUGUGCUGUACACAUGCAUGUAUGUAGGUAUAUUACAUCCCAUCCACCUACGCACGCAUCCGUAUACUACCUAACUACCUCAUACAUAUAUCCGAUCCAUAGGUUCAUGGUAUGCGCCCUAGGUGUAGGUGCACUGCCUCCCUUCUCUUCCCUCCCCUGUUUCUUUUUCUCGCCGUCGAUAGUUUGAAACGUCCCGCAAAUUUCUUUUCCUCACGAUCAGUAAACAGAUCGAUCCCCGGUAAAAUCGAACCAAACCUCCUCGUCGGGGGCGGAGAGGGGCGGGUGGAGUACGGGCAGGUUCCAAUAAGUCGAGGUCGGGCAAAUAGUAUAGGCAUUAUAUUGAGCAUCUCACCAUUUCCGGACGCCCAACAUGCACACAUAUACAUACCUCUAUACAUCCCUAUAUACGUACCGAUAUAAGAAGUGGUUACCACGUUAGAUACCAAAGCUAAGA